AUAUUCCAAGCGAAAAACCCAAAAACACUGGCAGACAGCGCGAGCAGGGCAUAUAUAUACAUUUAUUUAAUAAUGAAAUGUUAAAACCGAGAGGUGCGCGCCGAAUUUGCAGUUUGCGUUUACACAUACAUACAUAUGCGGACAAUUCAAAUUGUUAACAAUCAACAAACAAAUUUCUGCGUCGUCGUUUUGUGUGCUGUUCGCUCGCCUCGAAAUCGUUAAAAAAAAAAGAAAAAAAAGUGCGUGGAAAAGUGUACGACGAGAAACCAAUACACGGAAAGUGGGACAACCGAGCAGCGCUACGCUUUUGGAUGUAUGUGUGUUAAUAUUGUGUGUUGUGUGUAGUGUAUGUGUAUAUGUAUAUGUUUAGUGUGUGUGUGUGCAAGUACGGGUAAUUUGUACCGACUACAGUCACAGCAGAAGCAGCAGUCUCAGUCAGCAGCAGCGGCAGAGUCUCCUCACAGUGUGUGUGUUUUAUUUUACUUUUUUUUAUUAAGAUAUACAUAUACACAUACAUAUGUAUAUUCCAACAAAUGAAGAGUAAUAUCAACGACAAGAAAAAAUAAAAGUGCAACGAAAUGUUGACAAAAAAUGUGUUGUCUGGCUGCAAAUAAAAACAAAACAUGUUCAAUGGCUUAACACACAAAGACACGCGCACUCACACACACACACACACACGCUCGCACACCGUUGUACUACGUUAUACACGCGAAUUGCAUGCAAAGAGAAGGCGCUCAACUUCUACUCCAUCUUCUUUUGUCUGACGUUUUGCCGCAUGGCAAUUGCGUGUGGUGUGGAUAAAGUUGAAAGCAAUGAAUGAUUUACGCCAGCAACAGGUACAGGUAGCAGCAACAUCGUCUUCAGUCAGCAGCCUGGCAGCAGCUCCGCACUGCGCCGCCACCAACACAAGCAGCAGCAACACCAGCAGCAGCAGCAACAGCAGCAACACAAGUAGCGCCAACGUGAGUCCACGUUCGAGCUCCAAUUCGAAUUCGAAUUCCAGCAACGGCAGCCGGAGCAGCAGCAACACCAGCAACAACUACAAAGCAGCAACAGCUCAGCGACAAAGACAGCAACAGCAACAGCUUGAAGAGGAGGAAGAAGAGCAACAGGAAGUGAGCUCAACAUCGUCGCCGGCACAGCGACAACAACAGCAGCAGCAGCCAGAGCAGCAGCAGCAGCAACAGUUGAAUGUGUCGCCAGCAGCAGCAACGCACCAACAACAAUUGCAGCAGCAGCAACAGUUGCAGCAACAGCAGCAGCAACAUCAACAACAACAGCAACAGCAGCAACAGCUGGUGGGUCAAAUAACCAGCACUACAGCAUCGCCGCCGCAGCAACGACUGCGCGACGAUGCGCAGCUGCCAAACAGCAACAGCAACACGAACAGCAACAACACUGGAGCAGCUGCAGCAGCUGAGACAACAACUGAGCUGCCUCCGGUUGUCGCAGCAAUGGCCGCCACGGCCCUAGACAUCAAUGGCGAAGAGAACAACAGCAGCAGCAGCAGUAACAACAGCAACAGUAGCAACAACAACAACGUUCCAACAACCACAACAACAGCUGCGCUGGCAACAACAGCAGCCACAACAGGAGGAGCUGUUGGUCACAAGAUCAUAUUGAAGCUAUCCAAACAUGGCAGCGAAUCUCUGUCGUCGUCGUCCAGCAGCAGCAACAGCAACAAUGACGAGCGUCGCGUUGAACCGCUGCGCAUACAAUUGCCAACACAAUUGCCCAGCUCCUCAUCAUCCACCUCCUCCUCAACAGCAGCAGCAGCAACCUCCUCCGCAUCAGCAGCAACAGCACAGCAGCAGCAACCAAGUCUGGUGCCAAAGAUUACCAUCAGACCGAUAAAGCCAACAACACAAGAUGCUGCCAAUGCAUCCAAUUCGGAUGCCUCAUCCUCCUGCUCCUCAUCAUCGUGUGCGGACGCUGAUGUCGAUGCCGAUGCCGAUGCCGAUGACGAGCAGCUGCCGCACAUUGUGCCCAAGCUGACGAUACGAGCAGCCAACGAGGAGCGUGUUAGCAGCGUGGUGCCCAAGUUGAUUAUCAAAAUGCCCGAUAGCGGCGAUGGCGGAAGUCCCCACAAAAGUGCUGGAGGCGGAGGAGGAGGAGGAGGAGCAACAGCUGCUCCCACAUUGCUGCCCAAGCUGACCAUCAAGACGACAACGAAACUGGAGGGCAACGGCAGCGAGACGCAACUGUUGAGCUGCAGUUUGUCGCCCGCCUCAGCGAGCAGCUCUUGCGCCUCAUCCACAAGCUCAGCUUCAUCGUCGGAGCAAUUGACGGUGCCGAAGCUGAUGAUCAAGACAACGCACGCUGGCAGUAGUUGCAUCAGCAGUGAGGAGCAGCAACCACAGCAGCAACAGCAACAACAACAGAUACCAAAGCUAACCAUCAACAUUAAGGAGCAGCAGCAGCAUCAGCAUCAGCAACCACAGCAGCAACAACAACACACGGUGAUCAUGACGCACGAUGCCAAGAAUGCUCAGUGCAUACCCAAGCUAACCAUCAAGACCAAGUCCAUAGAACUGGACGAAGAGGAGGAACAGCAACAACAACAACAACAAUUGGUGCCCAAGCUCACCAUCAAAACGACGAGCAACAGUGAACAACAGCAACAGCAGCAACCGCUGCUCAAGUUGACCAUCAAGAAUCUAUGCUCACCCAAGCACAAGGUGCGCGCUGUGCUCGAGGAGAAGGUUGUGACGCACACCAGCUCCAAGCUGACGCUCACCAACGGCGGCGAUGUCAGCAGCAACAACAGCAAAGCGGAAGCAACUGUUGCUGCUGUUGAUGAUGAGCUGCGUCGCAACUCGGAUGACAUGGACAUUGAUGAUGCGCUGUCCAAGGAGCAUGAUCCCAAAAUGUUUCACAAUCUGCCAGCAGCAACAGUUGCUGCUGCCGCUGUGGCUGCUGCCAGCAAUGGCAUCGAAGCCACACAACAGCAGCCAGUGCAACAGCAACACAACAUUGUUGACAUGGUGGAUCUGACGUCGUCACCAUCGCCCGGCUCCUCGCCAGCGCAUGUUGUCAAUAGCAGCAGCAGCAGCAACAAUUAUGCCGCAGCAACAGUUGCUGCCAGCGGCGGCGGCGGCACAACGAACAGCAGCGAUUGCGGCUUUACGUCGGGGCAAAAAGAGAAUCUGUUGCUUGAAUGUUUGCGCAUGCAGGCGGCACAAGCAGCAGCCGCAGCAACCGUUGCGCCCACAGCAGCAACUGUUGUUGGCAACAACAUCUCAAAUAUAUUGCUCAGCCAGUUGACGGCGCCGCCGAAGAAUUUUAGCGGCCAGAACAACAACAAGAACUCGAACUCUGCUGUCGCUGCCAAAUAUCCGCAGCUCACCGAACGUCUCAUGGCCAAUGGCGGAGCAGCCAAAGAUGCCGCAGCAGCAACCGUUGCAACUGCCACAGCAACAACUGCGCCAUCAGAAUCGAUCAUCGAUUCCAUUGAGAUUCUGGACACGCCCGAGGGAAGUCCACAGUUGACGCCCUACAUGCAAAGUGCCUACGACGAGUCAACGGAUGCUCCAACAACGCCACCGCCACCAACACAGCAGCAGCAACAACAACAACAACAACAGCAGCAGCAGCUGGAGCAACAAGAACAACAAAAGUUGCUUGGCAUUUACCAAGCGCAUAUGAAUCUAAAUCUGAAUCUUAACCAGCAUCGUAACCACAACAAAACAACAACAACUAACGACAAUCAGACGUCGCCACAGCAACUUCAAUUGCAGUUGCACAACAACAAUGACAACAACCAUCUGAAGCGACAGCAACAGUCGCCGCAGCAGCUGCAACAUCAUCACCAUCAACAGCAACAGCAGCAGGAUCUAAACGCAGAAUCUCCCAGUGGCUUGCCGCCAAACAAACAGCGGCGCCUGGACAAUAAUGAGAACGACCAACAAACGCACAACUGCAGCAACGACACACCAGCAACAGUUGCUGCUACCGUUCAGCAGCAGCAACAGACAACGCCACCGACGCCGCAUCGCAGUCGGAAGCAGAAACACGAGCGGAUACUCAACACGGAUUUGGAGGAGCAACAACAGCAGCUGAGCAAUGGCAAUCUGUUGCUGUCGUCGGUGGCAGCAGCAGCCAUUGAUGUGAAUAACUUGGAUGCAACAACAACAGGGGCAACAACAGCAUUUCCUGGCACGCCCGCAGCAGGAGGAGCAGCAGCAGCCACGACAACAACAACGACGACAACUGGCAAAAGACGCGGCAGACCGAAGAGAAAUGCAAUUGACACCGCAGCAGCAGCAGCCACAGCGGCAGGAGCAACACCCGGCACACCAGCAACACCAGGCACGCCCAUCAAUGCGCAGGCCGAAAGUGCGGCCAAGUCGCGUCGUGUCCAGCUGCUGAGGAAGCGACUGGCCAUCGAUAUGGUGCACAGUGCCGAGGAGCAGCUGGAGAGCAAUGCGUUGUUGCCUGAACAUCAUGCGGAGCAUAAUCACAUGGAUGGCAGCAGCAGCGAAGAGGCAGCCCAACGUUUGGCCACAAUGCUGACGACGACGACGACGACAUCAUCAUCGACGGCGACGGCGAUGUCAGGGACAACAACAACGCGACAACGCAACGAUCAUCGGCAACUGCGUGCCACACGACGCAGUGUUGUUGCCUCGCCAGCGGCCGCAACGCCAGCGAAGGCGACGCGCAAACGCAUCAGCAAGGCUUCGAUGUUGGCGGUGGAAGCGGCAGCGGCACAGGAGGCAGCGUUGCGAAAUCUCUCGCGGUUCAUUGAGGAGACAAACAACAACAACAGCAGCAACAAUAACAGCAACAGCAAUAGCAGCAGUAACAACAACAUGUUCGCUUUGGCUCAAAUCGAUUUGACCAUGUGCAGUUCCUCUUCCUCCACCAGCAAUGGCAGCGCCGCCAACACAGCGUCAUCAGCACCGACAGCAGCAGCAGCAACAACAACAGCAGCAACUGCAGCAGCGUCAGCAACAACAACGAUUAGCUCCAUGUUGCCGCCCACAACGAUAUUGUCGUCGUCGGAUCCGCUGCCCGAUGUCAUCUUUCAGCCCAAUGACUUCUCCUCCAUCAUGGCAACGCAGCAGCUGCGCAACAACAACAGCAGCAGCAGCAACAACAGCAUCAUGCACUUUCCGCACACGACAAACAGCUCGAGCAUCAGCAACAGCGACUCCCACGACGAGGACAACUUCAGCGCACUGGAGCAUUCUGGUGAUGAAUCCUCGGCCCAGGGCAACAAUAUUCUCGCCACUUUCGGCGGCAGUCCAGCCCCUGCCACGCCCACUGGCCGUGGUCGCGGACGUGGCCGUGGAUCCAGGGGAGGCGCUGGCGGCUCAGGAUCUGCGCGCAGUGGCAGCGCAACGGGACGUGGCGGCGGCAACAAUGCCAGCAAUCUCGGCCAGCCACGUUUGCCGCGCAUGGGACGCGGCGCCAGCGCCGUGGCCAAAGCCAUCGCACUCAGUCGACCGCGUUGCGUCGGCGGACUCAAGCAUCAACCAGAUCCAGAGCGACUCAAGGGUCUCUUCAGUCCGUCGCCGCAGGUGUUUGAGGAGGACACACGGAUGAGCGCCGAUCUAAACAACAGCAAUCAAUCAAUGACCAGCAUGGAGCCACCGUUAACGCCGCAAAAACAACAACUGGACUUUCUCAACAACGAGGAAUCGCAAUCAUCGAUGGUGAGCAGCGUCAGUUUGAUGGAUUCGAAUCAGGGUCAAUCGGUGGACGCCAUCAUCGGUUCGGCGAUGAAGCGGCCCAAGAAGAAGAAGAUGGAGAUUUGCGUAGCCGAAGAUACGGAAUUUAAUGCCUCCUCGAUUGCGGAAUACGAUUGGCCGCCACCCAAGGGUUGUUGUCCGUCCAAGAAUCGGGAUACAUUCAUGAUCCAAGAGCAGGUUGCCCUCUACUUGGGCAUCACCAGUUUCAAGCGCAAAUAUCCCGAUUUACCGCGACGUCCCGUCGACAUGGAAGAACGCAAUUGGCUCCAGGAGAAGGGUUUGGUCAGCGAGAAAAUGUGCGAUCUGGGCAUCACUGCGGUCUGGGCCUCCGACAUCUUGGACAUUAUGUAUGCCGAUUUCUAUGACAAGUACGAGGAGUACAAGGAAUACAUACGCCAGAAGCAUCUGCGCGACAUCGAGGCCAAGCAAAAGGCGCUCGGACUCACCGUGGGCAAUGGACGCGGCUUGCAGGCCCGCGAUCGUGCCAUGCUCUCCACCAGCAAAUGGAACGUCUACUUCAACAAAACGCGCAAGGAGGAGCGUGUGGCGUGUCUCGAUCUGCAGACGUUCACAAUGAAUCUACCGGUGCCGCGAUCGGCGCCCAGCUCGACGUUGUUGCAUCGUUCGAUCACGAAUGCGGUGCGAUCGGCUGCCCAGGCGGAGAACAUCCCGGAGCCGCCGACAUUGCUGCCGUCGCGUGUCUACGAUGCCGGAUAUCAGCGAGUCGACUACGCCUAUCCCUUGGCCUUGGUGCCUGGUCAGUUUUCGUCCAGCUAUCGCCAGCUAACGCCCGCCGAGUUACGAGCUUAUCCGCUAAACACAGUGCUGGAGAAGCCGCAGCAGCCAAAACAACAGCAGCAACAAGAAGAACAGCUGAUUGAUGCUGUUGUCAAGGCAGAGCCAGCAACAACAGCAACGGUAACGGUAACAAAAACAGCAGCUGCGACUGCAACGGUGCGACGCAGUCAGCGAGCUGCGCGCCAGCAUCGUCACAAUGAUACAGCAACAACAACAACAAUGGGAGCAACAGCCAAAACAACGUCCAGCGGCGGCGCAUCGUACUACAGCGGCAGCAGCAGCAGCAGCGAAGCCAGCAGCAACAGCGACUCGGAGAGUGAUGGCGACAGCGACAGCAGCUGCAGUAGCAGCAGCAGCGCAAGCAGUGCAAGCAGUCGCAGCAGUAACGAAAGCAGUCGCAGCAGCAGCGGCAGCGCAACGAACUCGCAGUCGCAGCAGCGGGAACAGGACGCAAGAUUAACGACGACGACGACGAAUUGUGGCGUCUGUUUGCGCAGUCAGCAUCGCAAUGCGAAAAACAUGCCCGAAGCUUUUAUACGCUGCUACAGCUGUCGGCGUCGAGUGCAUCCCAGCUGUAUUGAGAUGCCACAGCGCAUGGUUAACCGCGUGCGCAAUUAUAAUUGGCAAUGUGCGGACUGCAAGUGUUGCAUUAAAUGCCGCAGCAGCCAGCGACCCGGUAAAAUGCUCUAUUGCGAGCAAUGCGAUCGCGGCUAUCAUAUUUAUUGCCUAGGCGUCAAAACAGUGCCUGAUGGUCGCUGGAGCUGUGAACGUUGCUCGAUUUGUAUGCGUUGCGGUGCCACACGACCCGAAGGAUUGCCAACGAUUGUCUCACCGCCCAACGGUGUCGCCGUCGAUGGGUCGUCGCUGGUCAAACCGGUCAAGCACAAAAAGGUGAAAUGGAUGAACGAGUAUCGCAUCGAUCACAUCACCAAUUUGCGCGAACACUGUUCGAUGCUCUGUGUGCCGUGUGCACGCGCCAAGCCCACCAAACGUACGCCAGCUGUUCCUGCUCCAACUCCAACUGCAGUUGCGACUGCCAGCAACAAUCAGUCGUCUCCUCCGCCUCCUCCUUCUGCUCCUUCAGCCACGGCAGCAACAGCAGCUGCAUCGCCAGUUCAACAACAACAGGCAAAUGGGUCUACGACAACAACAACGGAGCAAGCUUUAAGUCCCACAGCGUCUCCAAUGGUGCAAACGACAACGCUGCCCGUUGAGGCGGUCAGCAAUACGCCUGUGACAGCGAAGCGACGGCAGCUGACGACGGCAGUCGAGAUGAUAAAUGAGAGCAACAGCAGCAGCAGCAGGGAAGCGGCAUUUGAACCCAUGUACAUUAGUUAUAAGAAGCAACAGGAUAAUGGCAGCAAUGUGGUGGACAGUGCUCUGAUGUUGGUUGCUGAUGGAGGAGUGGCUACGUCGACUACAGCAACAGCCACAGCAACAAUCACGACAACAACAACAACAGCAACGUCCUCGUCUUCGUCAUCGUCAUCAUCAAUUGGGAUAGCGCCUCCGCCGGUUGUUGCCUGAGUGGGGGUUAUUCGUUAUUGUGCCAAGCGCACUCUAACGGACUUGUAGUAAGAGCGAGCGAGCGAGCAAGAGAGAGAGAGAGACAGAGAGAUAGCGCGGGUCGCGGUGCAGUCACCACACCCCCCAAAAACACCCACCCAAUCCCCUCACACACACACACACAUACACAAAUGCGUGCAUAGUAUUAACGAAGAAAGGAGGAAAAGGAGAAGGAAAAGAAAAGAAAGCGCCGCUAUUUUUGUACAUGUCUGCGGUUUGGCGUAUGUUAAUAAAUAAUUAUUAUUAUAGUUUUUUUUUUUUGUUUAAUUUGUAAUUGUUUUAUAUUAUAUUCACAUACAAUUAUGUUACUUAAGAGAGCAACAAGUGCGAAUUAUGCUAAUUACAACACACACACACACUCACACAUACACAUACAUGACAAACACACACACACACAAUAACAAAUUACGAAAAUGAUCAACAAAUUAUGUUCUUUCUAUGCCUAAGUUCAAUUGUUUAGUAUAUUUAGCAAUUAAGAACACACAACUUUCUCACACACACACACACACACACACACACACACACAUGCAACACACUCACACACAUAGACACAAAAAAGAGUUCAUUAGUAGCUGCAUUUUAGUUGAAUUAUUUUUAAUUGUUUUCUGUGUGCGUCCCUUUUUGGCGUUGCCAGACUGUUGACCAUCAUCAUCGUCAUCAUCAUGUAGUGUACUGUAAACUGUCUGGCAACUCUGCGCUCUGGCUGCAAAGAAACAACAACAAACAAGCAAACAAAUCACACUUAUGAAACGUAUUUACAAACUUUAGUAUGUGUUUUAACUAAUUUAAAUUACAAUUGUUAUCCGUGUUGUCUCUACACACCUCCCCCACCCCCACCCCUCAUCAUCCACUCACACACACACACACAGCAGACACUGUGUGCGUUCGAAAUAAUGCAAAAGAGAAAUAUCAUACAAAAAUCAUGUCUAUGUAUGGCUAGCUUAUACAAUUGUACUAUACAAAUAAUAUACAUAUAAAUACAUAUAUAUAUAUAUAUACACACUAUGGAUAAAUUAAAAAACAACUAACAUUAUUGUAUGUAAUAAUAAUAAAAACAAACAAAAAAAUUAUUGCGCUAAUUGGGCUGAAACUUUUUUUUAUAUAUACACAUACAUAUAUAUGUAUAAACUACUACAAAUUGUGUUUAUACUUCUAAAUACUACCUAAAAAAACAAACAGAAAAAGAAAAAAGAAACUAAUUAUGUGUAUUUUGUUUAAGUUGUAAGUUUAGUGAUGUAAAUUAAUUAAGAGCCAAAUACAAAUGCAAAUGCACACGCAUGCAUAUGUGUGUGUGGGUGCGUGCGUGUGCUUAUGUAUGCGUGUGUUUGUAUGUACAUAUUAGUAGUGUCUUUAACAACAACAACAACAAGAAUAUUUACUAUGUAUGAGAGAUUAGAUAUUAAGGAUGUAUUAUACAUGUAAUUAACGCUAAUGCUUCACACACACUCACACUCGUAUAUAUAAAAUCUUUGAAGCACAAGCAAAGGAAAGAGAAAUGAAAAAGUGUGGCCACACUUGACGACGUAACGUGUAGCGUAACGUAGCGUAACGUAACGUAAUGCAAUCGGUCUACUUAAACGCAUCAGCAGUGUUUGGUAAAAAUCUAAUUUUCCAUUCAGAAACUCGUAUGCAAUAAGUCCUUUAUUAAGUGAAUUAUUAUAAUACACAC